ACAUUCUUUCUAUCGUCUCCCUAGAACUGCAGCACCUGUUUUUCUUCUGGACAUUGCUUCCACCGAGCUAUACGCCUAUCGGCCCUCCAUAUAUUUCUAAAAUAACUUGUGCCCAUUGGAGUUCUCUUCUUCAAGCCACCGCGUAAUUGCACGCAGCAUCAAUCUCAAGAGGCUAUGACCUACCACUGGCAGGGCUCCACACAGCCGCGCAGUCUAGUAUAUAACUCGCUUGCACCACAACUUCAACUCUGUGCUACCUCAUCUGUCUCUUCACACGUGCGACUACCUCUUCAUCCUCAUCGAACUCCCCUCUCUCUGUCUCUCUCAUGGACGACAAAGUCACAUCACAUCCUCUGAUAUCGAUGCCUCAACCCAUGCAAGCGACCCACCUACCUCCAACCGACUCAGACGCGUCUUUCCCCGGCCCUCCGGUUGGCAAUGACAAGCCUGGUUUCCAAGCCCGCUCUAUCAAUCGUACUCCCAGUCCUACUCAAAGUGAAUUGGACUUCCUGAGCGGCGUCAGGAAAAAGCGGAGCACAUGGGAGAUCGCUCGAGGACUGCUCAUCCUCGUCGUCAUCAUCGUGGCGAUUGUGCUCAUUGAGAUUUAUCACGAUCAAAUCAUAAACGCGCUCAAACCCGUGACACGAUGGCUUCAUGGCGCAAGAGGCGGAUGGCUGGUUCCCAUCGCUGUGCUCAUCGUCUUGUCUUUCCCCCCAUUAUUUGGGCAUGAAGUCGUCGCAAUGCUGUGUGGCCUUGUAUGGGGUAUAGGCGUUGGUUUUGCUCUAGUCGCUGCUGGUACCUUGCUCGGGGAGAUAGGAACGUAUUACCUCUUUAGAUAUGCUCUCCGCUCAAGAGCGGAAAAGUACGAAAAUAGAAAAUUAAGUUAUGCAACCCUCGCUCACGUUAUUCGACAUGGUGGCCUGCCGAUGGCGACUGUUGUGCGAUACAGUGCAUUUCCUGGCCAUUUGACGACUGCCAUCUUUUCUACAUGCGGCAUGGCUUUCUGGGUUUUUCUCGUCGCUGCCACCUUAGGACUCGGCAAGCAACUUGCAUUUGUCUACGUCGGAUAUGCUCUCAACCAGAGUGACAGCAAAAGCAAGAAAAUCCAGAGGAUUGUCGUUGGGAUCACUGUUGCCGUCACAGUCUUGGCGAUGCUAUAUGUGCGUCGGAAGCAGGUCCAAUCGCAGGACCAGGUGGUAUAUCAAAGGCGCAAAGCGCGGCAAUCCCGUGUGGAGGGCGAAGCAAUGAGAGUAUGAGAUCAUAAUGUACUUGAAUCUCAAUGGGACAAUAUUUCGCAAACUUGCACCACCAGCUGCCUUCUGUGUCGACCAACUUCACUUGCGCAUUCAAGCGAACGAUGAUCUUGUCAAACGGUACAUCGUUGCUGAAAGCACAGCCACAACAUUACUUCAGUUUCUACCCGAACAUGCCAUGCUUUCGUUCUCCCUGACUCGGCCUAGAACACUAUGGCAGUGGCAUUCCCGACGCUUUCUGAGCGAGAAAACGUAUCCGUAUCAAAUCACGGGCAUACGUGCAGCUAGAGCAAGACGCGACUUUGAAGCCAAAGUCCGCACGCGCGUUUUCGAAGAGGAUGUCAUCCAGAGCACAGAAGAGGAGCUCGAAAACGGCAACAAGCAUACAUGGUUAAAUGAAGACGAGCUGAAGAACGAGUUCCGCAUGAUCACCUGCCUGGACCCUCGGUACCUCAAAAGCUCGGACUUUGUCACCAUUUCGCAUAUGCGUCAUCCCAGCAUCUCCUUCAUCCCCAAAACGACGUACGUCUGGAUCCGGUACUACAAGCACAAAACGUUCCAGCCGUUUCCACCCGACACUCGCGGAUUUUUCUACUAUUCUGCUCCAAAGCCUGGAUAUCCACCCAUGGCGGGCGGUUUACGAUUCCGGCUCGCUCCCCGAGGGCUUUCCGACUUUGCCAAUGGACAAGACCUGAUGCUGCACGGUCUUCCAUGGCAAGUCUCUCUGUGGACCAUCAUCAACGCCAAGGGAGGUGUCAUGCGCGAUCAACUGCUGCAAGAGGGCUUGAUCACUCAGAACGACGUCGAAGUGUGCCAGCGCGCGAUCUCGUCCAAGAAGAGAUUCGACCACAAGUUUGCCGUUCACAAGCUGGACGAACCCUUCCCCAUCAAUUUCGCAAAGAGUUUGAAUCUGUACAUCUACUGCUCUGAAGCGAGACUCUACUGCCCGUGGAAAGCCAGCUUCCUGUUUGCCGACAAUCGGAGGUCGGUCCCUGGAUGCAACUUCAUGAUGCCUUACUCUGGUGCCGCGUUGGCUCGCUUUGAGCUGAGCACAUCGGACGCCGAUAGCGUCUGUCUACGCUUCCUCAAAUUUCUCGAGCCCGUCAAAUGCGUCAUCCCGGGCUACGACGGCCACAUUCCCAUUCCUAGUGAAGGUCAUUUGUUCCGUCGGCCCACAGGAAGAAACAAGACUGUGGACACGUGGUCCUACAGCACAUUGGAGAAACUCGGGCAGGCUCUUCGGCCACUUGUUCAGGAGGCAUCGCCCCAUCGCACUAGUGUCGCUUGACUAGAUGUCUUGCAUAUAUGGUACAUACAAACAACGGAUUAAAGAACAUAUCGCGGGAUCAGAACAAACACGGCGGCGAAAGUUCACUAAUCAGACCAUCCCUUGUCGCACUUGUCAGGGAUGCCGCGCAUGAUUUAUCGGUCACGCACGAAUAAGAUAGCAUGAACGCUGUCUCCGUCAGUUCCAGCACGUCGUCGAAGAUAGCAUCGAAGCAUUCUUUGAACCGAUCUGGCCCGGAAUAAGCGUGAACGGCUCCCAUGAUGUAGCCAAACAAGCACGACGCGUCGACGUCUGAAAGAUGCGGAAUGGGAAUGUCUGAACAGCGCAUGACGCGAGCCAAGGAUGACGGCGCAAGGAUUCUUGGUUUGAGGAUCUGCGUGCAACGGCUCUAAGCAUGCGCACUUCUCUCCACCACACAAUAGCAACGCACAGAGAUGUAAGCAGCAAUAGGAAGAUCUUUGUUUGACUUGAGCAGUUUGGAGGUGACCAGAGCGUUGACGAGGCAUUCGCCUAAUUUGAU